UAUACUAGUCGUAUUCGAGUCUGCGUACGCGUUACGCGUAUCGUGAGCGACAAUCGCCUGCGCUCUUUGUCCUGUGUAAUUUCUAUAUGAAUUUGUUGUACACAAAAACAAAGUUUUCAAGUAAGUGAACGGACGAGGCCGCCGGUGCAUAAUACAGCUGUAUUCUUGCACGUUCGCGCGCAGACUCCGUACGCAGUGGAAUAACAAGCUCCUCACCCAUUAAAGUAAUGUGGUGUUUCUAAUUUCUAAUGGAAAGGAAAUCAAAGUUCCCAUUUGCAAAUUGACAUCCUUUUCCGUACUUUGUUUUGGUUAAGAUGACGAAAAUGCCGUGUUAAAAUAUCAAUGAAGUAUACCGGCCUUUUGGCAUACUUCGCUAAUAAUGUGAAAUGUUCAUUUGUGAGUCAUAUUCGAGCUGCAAUGUAAACGAAAUGAUGGAAUUGCAAUUAACCGAAACGAACAAAUGGAAUCGCGGUGGUUUCUUGUCCACCCUUAACAGAAGUUUUCGUUUGGCAAGUGGAAAAUCCAGAAGCGUAAAUAGUUCGCCUAUUGAAAACAAAUCUACGUUAGAACAAACUUUAAAUAUGUCAAUGGGACUAAAUUCUUCAAACGACGCUUCAAGCGCUUUGAGGCCACUCGAGAUAGUUGCGCCACGUAUCGACACCUACCGCUUCUCAAUGGCCAACUUGGAAGAAACCCAAGAUGCUGAUCUGGACGCAAUCCUCGGGGAACUGUGCGCACUAGACUCUGAGUACGAUGAGGAAAUUUCAAGAGUAGCCUCUGGUUACUCUUCAGUUUCCAAAGAGAGAGGCGAGUCGAGCACCGAGAACUGUCCCCAAAGAACCGACUGCGGCAAAGAGUGUGCCGAUGGAACUCCAAUUACGCGUACCGACUCGCCUGACAAUGACUCCGCUUUUAGUGACACUGUUUCCAUGCUCUCGAGUGAAUCAUCCGCUUCCAGUAGUGCCAGUGCUAAGUGUAAAGCGCUUAAAUUAAAUAUUCAGGAAACUUUAAAGGGUCCAAAUUUCAAACAAAAAGCAGACAAAAUUAAAUUGGCGUUAGAACGCAUGCGCGAGGCUAGUGUAAAGAAGAUCUUCAUCAAAGCUUUUUCUGUGGAUGGAUCUGCCAAGAGUUUAAUGGUCGACGAGAAAAUGACAUGUGGUUAUGUUGCAAGACUGCUGGCCGACAAGAACCACGUCAGCAUGGAGCCGAAAUGGGCGGUCGUUGAACAUUUGCCUGAUUUGCAUAUGGAACGUGUAUAUGAAGACCACGAAAUGUUAGUUGAUAACGUAAUGCUAUGGACCAGAGACUCAAAGAAUAAGAUCUUAUUUUCUGAAAGACCUGACAAAAUUGCACUUUUUCAAACACCUGAGAAGUUCCUUUUAACUGAAGAUGAUAGAGGUUGGUCCUGUGAACACGACGAACAUUCGAGGCAAGUGAUAAUAGAAGAAUUCUUUGGUCAAAGCGGCGGAACUAUAAGUUCCAUGCCGUCUGUAUCCGGUCACUCCGUGCCCCCAAUGGAAGGACCUCUCUAUCUAAAGAGCGAGCUCAAAAAGGGUUGGAAGAAGUUCCACUUUGUGCUUCGACCUUCUGGUCUCUAUUACUCACCGAAGGACAAGGUGAAGACGUCAAAAGAACUGGUCUGCCUGGCAACAUUCGACAACAAUGAAGUAUACAGAGGAUUGAAUUGGAAAAGGAAAUAUAAGUCGCCGACUGACUAUUGCUUCGCUAUCAAACAUCCGAAGCUGCAACAGCCAAAGAGUGUAAAAUUCAUUAAGUUCCUAUGCGCUGAUGAUCAACAAACGCUAGAAAGAUGGGUCACUGCCAUGAGAAUAGCGAAGCAUGGAAGGCAACUAUUGGAAAAUUACAGAGCUUUGGUAGAAGAGCUCACCCAAGAGGAUAUAGACCAUCUAGCACAUGCUCGUUCAUGUUCUAUAACAUCGAUACCUACAAAGACAAACGGCAACGCGACCGUGGGGAUCAACAGUCCAGCGCAGUCGACUUCUAGUAACGUUAGUGUUGCCAACUCCGACAUCAGUAGUGGCAGACAUUCCCGAGCUUCGUCAUCUAGUUCGAGCGGCUGUCUUUCUGAUGGAGGCACGGCCUCGGAGAGUGCUUUUGAUUGUGAAUUUCCUAUGGGUACAAUAAAACGCAAACCAUCGAUGAAACCCAAUAUUCCUUUGACGUGGAUGACCCGGCAACUAAAAGAAAUGGUCGAAAAAGGCGGCGAUUGUGAGGGAGAAGAGGAAGGGGGCGGUGACGGUGGCACUCUCACACGAAGACCAAGAAAGACUAGGACUGAAGAUUCUACGCUAAAACGCCACCACACCCUUGAAUCUUCAGAUAAAGUCGUGUACAACACUGCGAGCACCAGUCACGUUGUAUCAGUUAGCAGCCCAGUUCGACACGAACCACCGUCGCCUUCGUUUGGGCACUACGAAAGUAUACCUCGGGAUAACAUUUAUCGAAGUAUCGGGGAUAACAAUUCCUCUCUAUAUGGUUACACCACAAUUUAUGACAAAAUACAAAGGCCACAAGAAGCUAACAAUGUAGAAGAUCUUCCUUUACCUCCUCCGCCUAACGAAGAUAUACCAGACGCGAUGUUUAGUUCUACUUUAAGUUUAGAUUCACUACCACCUCCUCCACCAUUAGAACCCAUUGAAGAUCUUUCUGGAUCGCAACUUAGUCUCCCACCACCACCACCUGAGCAUACUAUAGAAGCCCACAGCGGGCGUGUUCACGAUAUAGUAAGCCAGUUGACAGCACAACAAAUAGAACAAACAGCUCGAGCGGGUCAAUCCAGAACGAGUUCUCGUAAUUCAGACCCAAGUCGUACCUUUCCACGCCAGCCUUCAUUGGAUAGUGUUAAUUCUGACACAUCUCGCACUUCGUCACUACAUUCGGAUAAAAGUAUGUAUGGACAACAAAACGUUGCAUAUGGAGCAUGUCUUGUAGAACUUCAGACCAAAAAAAUAAGUAAUGGUAGUCCAUCGCUUCAAAAGAAACUAACUUCUGAAACAAGCAAGGAGCGCACCACUUCAAUAAAGAAAGUUAACUUUGCGGAUGACUUGCCUACUUGUUCCGAUACCAAAAAGAAUAAGAAGAUUUCUUUUAAUCUCAAAGAACCACCACCAUCGUCUCCUCGCAAGCCACCACCGCCAAAAAGAAAUGAGAGUACAAGACUUUCAUCGCCUAAAAAACUGGCAGAUUCUAAUAGUAAUCCACCGAAAGAAUUCUUGAAAGAUUUGCAAAGAGUGAUGAGGAAGAAAUGGCAAGUUGCGCAAAAAUGUAAAUUAGAACCGACGACAACGCCACACGAAGUAUUAGGUUUUCGAGAGUAUCCGCUAUCGGAAGUUUAUAAAGAGACAAGUGUAUCCAUGUGGGUGCAAGAACAUUAUGGUAGCGGUGUUGAAGAUCCUUUUUAUGAAAAUGUAUACGGUCGGGAGCCUCAGCCACGGCGGGAGGAACCAAAACCUAUUAUUAAAAAGCGACCUCCGCCUACUCCACCGCGCCGUAGCGAGUCGACACAUCUCUCUACUCAUCCGCACGUCACCACGACGCAACCUACCGUUUGAAUAAAUCAUAACUAUUGCUGGUAUAGAAUUCUAUUAUUUUUUAUUACAAAGAACAUAAAAUACGAGUAUAUCUAUCUAAUGUGGAAUUAUUCUUUGAAUGUAACUGACUUGCGUCAUUAUGACAGUGCAUAAUGAGAUUGACGUUUUGCUAAAUAUUACUUACAUAAACAUGUAGAAGUUUGAAACACUAGAUUAGAUAUGAAAUGAAAAAGCCUUUUUAUUAAAUAACAUAAGCUCUCUGGAUAUAACAAAAAGUUAUAGAAAAAUGUAAUCAUAGAUAAGCCCUGUACACUUAGGGUUGUUACUUUUUACGUGACCAGAGCGAAUAAUAGUAAUUCUUUUUAACAUUUUAUACUAAAGUGACCAAUUUCGAUAGUUACGACCAUAUAAAAAAAUAUAUUAUAAUUAAUAAUUUAUUAUAAUUCGAAAGGCGGUGCUAUUUUGAAAAAGGUAUACUAAGGGAUGUGGUUGGAUUUUGUCUGUCUACUUGUGAAAUUUGGGGAACUUCUUCAUUGUCAUGUAGGUUAGUUUACAAGUAUGGUAAAUAUUCAUAUGCUGAGUAGUACAAACCUCGGAUAGCAUUUCUGGUAUGUAAAAGCAACACGAAGUUCGCAAAUUACUAGUAGACAGUACAAUAUGUUUAUUGCAUGAGUUGGAGUUUUGUCAAUUUUAUGUUAUGUUCCUAGAUAAUUAUUGAGUGUUAUUAUUAUAAUAUUUGUGCGCUAAUCGACACAGAUAAAUUUCAGUAUGUUAUGUGCAUGUAAUAAACCCUCUUGCGAUGUGAGAUUUUAUCUAAAUCGGCAAGCGAUGAUGCUAUUUAUGUAUUUACAUCGCGUAUUUUGAAUUAAAAAAAAAAAUGUUAACUAGAACUUAUGAUGGUAAGGAAUAAUAUGACUAAGGUAAUUUUACAUAUAAUCAAAUUAAACAAAGCCUUAUAUAAAUAACGUUGAUGUACCAUUUUUGUAUUUUUACGAUAAGCGACAAGAUAGAUUGCAAUGCAGCUUUUCUAUCACAGUAGUCGCGUAUUGUAACUGCCAUGCAUUAAACUAUGUUACUUAUAAAAAUCAUAUUUUAUGUGUGUACUAGUAGAUUAAUAAAAUAUUAAAUAUAAAGGAAAUUUUGUGCCAUAGUCACGUUAAAACUGAGGUCGUAAUUGUAUAGCUUCAUUGUUCAUUAUUUUGCCACAGGUUAUUAUUGAAAAUAUUUGUACAUAAAAAAAUUAUAGGUACAAUCUAUUAUUCAUUGGAUAGAUCUGUCGUUAGUAAUGUUCGAUGUAGCUAUACCACCAAUUCCGUAUUGAAGAAAUGUUAUAGAUAAGUAAUUAUCAUAUUAUUUGCAUGUUUUAAUUAUUAUUUCUAGUUUGAGAGAUCAGUUUACGGGAUUGAUUCUGUAUUUAUCUCUAAAUUAUAUACUCUAAAAAUAUAUCUUAAAUUUGUGUAUUUUAGAUAUAAGUUUAGAGAAUUUCUAUUUCAGAAUUGUCACCGUUAAACUUCAAAUAUUAUAUUGUAUUGUUUAAUUAAUAUUAAAUAAUAGAUGUUUUCGAAAUUGACGGUAACAGAAGGGGGCAAAAUGAAAAAUAUACAGAACUCCAAUGUGUCUGAUCUCACUGUACCCGCAAUAAGCGUUAAUAUUAUGUUUGGGCUGUGAUUUUGUCGUCUGGUUUAAUUUGCUGACAUUUAUUUCAUUAUUUGCACAACAUCUGUCAACUGAGCGAGCAUGGCGAUAAUUGUUCCCAAUCCAAGUAUAGCUAAUUAAGCUUCGAUCGAAUACCUGACUAGGUUAAAUUUUAUCUAUAAUUACGUACGAAGCAUUUCGGUAAUUUAACUUUAUUAGAUGGUAACAUUAAUUAAUUGAGGCUUUAAGUCACAGGUAAAGUGAAGCGUAUAAGUAUAAUAUUAUGUAAUAACGAAAUAUUAUAUCAAAUGUCUCCUCUAAAUUUACUAAGCCUAGAACUUUGUUUUUACUUUAUCGACGAUCUGGCGCUAGUAGCGUAGACGGAAGUCUAAAUCUGAACAUUCGUUAUUUUUUCUGAGUACCUAGUGAGAUGUAAGUUUUUAACAUCACAUCUGUCAAAACGAUCACGGAAUAUACUUUUCAUUAUUUUUUACCUUUUUUUGUAGUUUUUCUUUUUUAACAAGUUUAUUAGAAUAUCAAUAUUCCAUCCAUAUACGCAUUCGAAUAGCGAAGACUGAUUUAAAAAUUAAUUGGAUUUUGACAAUAAACGUACGUCCAAAAAAUAACAGAGCAUGGCGGGCACUUACAUAAAAAUUUAUUACUUAUAAAUAAUUCACAUUUCUUUUUAUUUUAUUUUAGUGUAAAUUCGUGUUAAUCUAUAGGUACGUAAUAGGUAAAAUCUAUUAAUGUGCAUGCCUUUUGGAAUUAUUGACGGAAUUUUUUCAAAUUUUUUACGUUUAAUUUUUAAUCUAUUGAUCACUGUACUAUGUCUACAAGUAAUUGUUCUCAGCUCUGUAGAACCGACCAUUUGUACCGACAUAGGCUAAUUUGAUGUACUUUAGCAUUUUAGUAAAAAUGCUCGAAUGAAUUUUACUAAGAGAGGCUUUUUAUGUAACAUGCCUACUAUACAGGUAUAUUUACGUACACUAUAUUAAAUGACUACUUUUAAAAUUAAUUAAAAUAAUCGAUAACUUCAAAUUGUAUUACAAUGAUUUAUUUAGCAUCACAAAUAGUUUUAGUUCCUAUCCUUUCUAUCAAGCUGUACUCAGAUAUUAUAGGGGACACACAUAUGUGUGUAUCCUAUAAUAGCUGUAUAUAUAUAUAUAUAUAUAUAUAUAUAUAUAUAUAUAUAUAUAUAUAUAUAUAUAUAUAUAAUAUCUAAUCAUGAGCGUCAUAGUGUAUUCGGCUUAUUUGCAUUCAAGUUGUUUAAAAAAAUAUUCCUGUUAAACUUUUAUUAAAUCUAGCUUAUGUUAAUAAAAAUAUAGUUAAAUAUAAUUUGUUCAAGUGAUUUCAAAAGAGAGAAGAUCCUUAGUCCGGUUCUAUUUAUCCGGUAAUAUUUAUUUAGUUCAAUUGGUCCGGUCUUAUAUUUGCUACUUCAACUCCAUCAUUUAUAAACCAAAAUUAUUUAAAUUAAUUAAAAUAAUUAAUAAAAAUUUAAUCUAAACCGGUUCAAUAGUUUAAAUUUAAAUCCAAAUAAUUUUUGUCACUUUUAAAAAAUCAUAAAUUAUUUUUAAAAUUUAACUUUCAAUGUGCACAAACCUAUUUAGUUAUCUAGCAGAUGUUAUCAGUCUUAUAGUAUGAAACUCUCAAAUACCCUCGCUGAUAAAUCUCUGAAUAUUGAUAGUUUCUCUAUUAUGCCACAUGUUUGAGAUAAACAAUGUCAGAUACGCCACUUUUAUGUGCUUUUUCUAUCUUGAAAAAUUUUAUUACACAAUUGACAAAGUGAAGCUAAAAAAUUGUGUAAUUUAAGAAUACUCUAUUUGAAAGGCUACGUAAUAUCCUAUUACAUUAUUACAUAGGUACCUACAUAUUUGCUAACAAUAAAAUAAUGUGUCUGAAUACCUGAAAGCGUUGUCUUACAGUGGCACGUUUUCCUCGACAUAAAUAUAGUAUAAGGUAAAAUAAUCAUUAAACGUUUCUAAUUUUGUUAACGUCCGAUUACAAAUUAAAUUAUUACUUGAUAAUCGAUUUUUUGUGGAGGUAAAUCGAUCCGAUAGACAACGUGUAAAAAUUAGUAAUCCAUACAGAUAAGAAAAAUCUCUUACUAGAAAAUAACAUCUAUUCAUAAUUUACUCCCAAAAAAAAAGUUCCGAAUGAAUUUAUUUAUCGUAUCCAUUAAAAUUCACAUAUUUUUAGCCAGAAUAAAAAUAUUUUAAUAGGUAUGCUGUUGGUAUAAUAGUAACAUUUAUUUUCUCAUUAUAUGUUGUGCCCUAUGAAUGCAAGUAAUAACCUUCCAAUAGUUAAAUUAAUUAAUACUGUUGUUAUGUGUAACAUGCUUUUACGUAAUAUUAUAACAUAAUUAGUACUUAAUUUACCUAUAAUUGUUUAUCUAUAGAUGAAACUAGUUAACACUGUCAAAUGCGUCGUCUGUUCAGUUCGCAGAAACAAUUUUAUGAUUUUAUAGACCUUAAAGUACUGAAAUAUAACACAACUACCUAUGUAACAUUGUAUAUAUACAAAUAUCAACUAUUAAACUGUCAUCAUAGUUAUUAAAUUAAAAUAUUAGGUGCCCUAAAUGUUUUAUACGGGUUACAGUCUUUACGUUCAUGAUACCUUGUGUAUUUGAAAAUUGGUUAGUAAUCACAUUUUAUGUAUUUAAUGCAUUUAUUAGUAAUUUUAAUUAUGUUUACAUUGUACAGAACAAAUUGAUUAUAAUAUUAAUUCUUUGUAUAUUUUUUCAAAUAUAAUGAAAUUCCAAAUAAAUUUGUACUUUUAUUA